AUGCUAAACGAACAUUUGGUAAAUAAUAAAACUGUGAAUUCAGCUGUCAAAAGAACACAAAAACGCAAACAAAACCAACAGGCUACAAGUUCCUCAGCUUCAAAAAAAACACGAAAGAAUAUUCCAAUGCAACAAAAUAAUAUUACAAAAGAAAAUGAUGAUAUUACUCAUUUAACAGAUCAAGACAAUAAUGAUACCACAUCUUUGUCAGAUCAUGAAAGUGAUGCUGAAAGUGUAACUUUUUCAAAUUCUUCGCCAGUUCACGAAAAUAAUGGCUCUUCCUCAAUUCGCGAAAAUAAUGUCUCUUCGCCAGUUUACAGAAAUGUCUUUUCACCAGUUUACAGUAAUAAUGUCUCUUCACCAAUUUACAGAAACAAUCUUUCCUUAUCAGUUCACGAUAAUAAUGACUCUCCACCAGUUCAUAACGAUGAUGAUACCCCUUUAUCAGUUCACAGAAAUGAUGAUUCUUUGUCAGCUUACAGAAAUGAAGAGUGCAAAGCAUUAUUUCUUCGUACUAGAAAUAAUAAUAUGGUAUUAUAUGAAGAAAUAAUUAUUAGAGUUUGCAACAUCGCAAAAACGGACAGAAGGCUAGGACCUUUAACUAAAGAUGUUG